AUGCUUAACGAAUAUGAAAUUAGACUCAAAAAUAUUUUUGUAGAUCCUCAAAUUGUGCAAUCCUAUGAUUUCAUUUCCAAGGUUUAGUUGUAUACUAAGGACCAAGUCAUAUUUAAGAAUGGAGAUGAGAACAAGUUCUUCAUGGUUCUCCAAAAUGGAUCAAUAUCCUAAAAUACAUCCUAUAUUCCAAUAGGCCUUGUACAAAACACCAUCAAAUGUCUGAGUGAUUGUGCAUUUAGAAUUAUUGAUGAAUAAUAGUAUGAAAUGCUCAGCAAAGCCAAAGUCAACUAUCAAAAAAAAAUCCUUGAUUUUCUACACAGCCUACCCUGCUUUAAGGAUGCAAAAAAUGUGAAACUUAACUAUCUCAUCGAAGAUUAUAAAUUAGGCUAAAGUUGUUUGAAUGAAUAGGAGUAUUCCAAGUCACUGCUUGUUAUUUAUGAUGGGUAUUGUAUUUAUUAUAAAGAAGCGAAUUUCUAAUAAGGAAGAAAUGGAAUAAGAGCUAUAUUGACGUUGGACAAGUUAGCAAAGGUGAAAUAAUCAAUGAUUACGAAUGUACGAGUGGCUUGAUUUAACAGUUCUAGAUUCUUUGUAAAUCUUAAACUGCCCAAAUUAUUAAAAUCGAUGACUACAAAAGAUUGAUAGAUCUAAACGAUUUCUUAAAGAUUGCCGCUGAAAAAUUCAAUCAUCGACUAGCAAGAUAUAAGCGUAUGACUGAUUUUAAAUCAGGUACUAAUUGUUUAUGAAUCAUUUAGGAAACUGCGACUAUUAAUAACCUUUCGAACCAGAAAUCUUACCCUUAAGAGAUGUUAUCAACAGAGUCCAAACCUCACAAGGGAGAUAAAGAAUACCAGUCCAAAUAACUAUCGAUGAAGAGGUAAAGAAGAAGGUUCAAAUUAAAAUGGGAACCUACAAAACCGGGUAGAAUAGGAAAAGAAACUAUUCAUUGUUGCAAUGAC